CGUUUCCGCCGGGGCUCAGCUAAAAGAGACUUUGAGGGAAGGAGGCUGCUGCUCACCAGGGAUCCACGGCGGCUUCAAGGAAGUCCGAGAGUUAGCCCGCAAUUUACCCACUGAUCUUCUUCUCCUCUACCGGCGCACCGAGUCGAGAUGUCCGGCGAACACACGGAGGGAACGGAGGCUAUGAAUGUAUACUCGGUAACCCUCAGCGGCCCAGCGCCUUGGGGCUUCAGGCUGCAGGGUGGCAAGGACUUCAGCAUGCCCCUCACCGUGUCAAGGCUGACCCCGGGCGGGAAGGCCGCUCAGGCUGGUGUCGGUGUCGGAGACUGGGUGGUGUCCAUUGGCGACACCAACGCGGAGGACAUGACCCACGUGGAGGCGCAGAACCAGAUUAGAGCAGCAACAGACUCCCUCACCCUAACUCUCAGCAAACUUUACAAAGCAGGUGGAGAGCAGAAGGACUCGCUUGCUCCGGCUUCUGUUCAGCCAAAGUACUCCUUUGCCCCCAGCACAGCCAUUAACAAGAUGGCGAGGCCAUUUACAGCAGGUGGUGUUAGUGCCAACUCAGGACCUUCUAUUAAACCUGUUGCCUACUCGCCCAAACUUAACACGCCUUGCUCGCAGGGCCGUGCCAGUAUGCAGCAGCCACAGAAUGGCCUUGAGCCAACUCCUUCACCUGCCAAGGCCCAGGCAGCAGAUAAACCAGAUGGCUCAAAGACCACAGCUGCAGUGGCGGGCAGUUCAGGUCCCUCCUGUCGACCACCCUGGGUCACCGACAGUAAUUUCGCAGACCGCUUUCGCCCAGACAAAACCAGCACUGUCGUAACCCAGCACCAGCAGCCGGCCCAGCCGACACCAAUGCAGAGCCGCAGCUCCAUCCUGCAGGCGGCGCAGCAGGGACCUGAGGACAGCGGGAGGACCCCGCUGUGUGGGGCCUGCAACAAAAUCAUCAGGGGUCGGUACCUGGUGGCACUGGGACGUUCUUGGCACCCGGAGGAAUUCACUUGUUCACAGUGUAAGGCGGUCCUGGAUGAGGGGGGCUUCUUUGAGGAGAGAGGGUCCGUCUACUGCACCAAGUGCCAUGAUAAUCGAUAUGCUCCCAACUGUGCCAAGUGCAAAAAGAAGAUCACGGGGGAAAUCAUGCAUGCCCUGAAGAUGACCUACCAUGUUGAGUGUUUCAAGUGUGCAGCCUGCAAGACUGCCAUCAGGAACCAAGCUUUUUACAUGGAGGAGGGUGAACCCUACUGUGAGAGAGACUACGAGAAGAUGUUUGGCACCAAAUGCCACGGCUGUGACUUUAAGAUUGAUGCCGGGGAUCGCUUUCUGGAGGCCUUGGGCUACAGCUGGCACGAUACGUGCUUUGUCUGUGCUCUCUGCCAAAUCAACCUGGAGGGGAAGACGUUCUACUCGAAGAAGGAUAAGCCCCUGUGCAAAGGCCAUGCUUUCGCUCCAGUGUGAGAGAUCAAGCUUCAUCUUCAGAGGAAGGAACACUUCUCUCUCUCUCCUCUCGCCUCUCUACCCCUCCCCAGCCUCUGGCUCGCUCGCUCUCACUCUACAUCUCCUCUUCGCCAGCACCACACCUUGUUAAAGUCGAGUCUAUUUCUCUAUCCUGCAGACUUUGUUUCCACAUUUGAGGCUUAACGCCAGCGCCACAUACUGUUACAUUAGCGAGACACUUCAAAUGUGCCUGCCUGCAAUGCCAAAUGCUGAGUAGUGCAACUGGAAGUAGGCAAGGGAUUAGUUCAUAUCAUGUCACUAACCUGUUGACGUUAAAGUCAGUGUAUAAAGUGGAACAUUGGAAAAGUGCAGCUGCAGUUCAUGGAGAGUCUCUCAACGCGUCUAAUCUUGUCCUUGUAAGAUCACGUCGAUGUCUCCCGAGUUGGAGGAGUCAUUUGGCGUCUAAUGAUUUCACAUAUUGCAGUAAUGACCCAUCAGCGCUAAGCGUGGAGAAGUAGUGGCCCCCGUUCAGGACCCUGGCCCACUCACUGACUCUCACCACUGUGCCUAUUAUCAUAAUGGGGGCCCAGUGGAGCAGAACAGAGGAGGUGUCCCAUUUCUGCUUGACUGGACCUCUUCACAAAAGCACUAACUGCUGAACUUAUCACUCUGGCUCUGGCUAAUCAGCGAAAUACUGCAGGUUAUAGAUUUAAUUUGAGUCGUAUAAUAAUCCUUAAUUGAUCUGUGUGGGCGAUGGGUGGGGGUGGGGGGCUGAUAUUGUAUUGUUACUUUUCACUCUGUUAAGGCAAAGAGACGCGUCAAAGCUUUGAAAUCUUUUAUAAGACAUUUUAAUAUAAGGAGAAAAAAAGAUCUUAUGGUGUUUGUCCAUCAUGUUUCUAUGUGUUCUAUUGUGAUUCUUCCUUCAAGUACUUUCAAGCCGUUGUUGAAUAUGUAUUUAUAUUGCUUCAGAAUGGCCCUGUAAGUGUUGUUUGUUUUGUAGUUUCAAAUAAAAUUGUUUAGUAUUCCCAUGUGCUGGGGCAGAACACUGGGUGGAAGUGUGUUUUAGAGUUCAUCUUUGUCUUAUUUUUUUUUUAAUCGACCAAUGUUUUGCUGUUACUAACACCUGCUCCCUAACAACAGGAUAAUUGACUUUUCAUGUCUUUUGUGUUGUGAGUACAAGAAGUGCCUUUUUAAAAAAAACAAAAAACAGACAGAAACAGAUUUAUUUUUUGCUGUAACAAAGACCCUGGUGAAUUUCUUUAGUAUACACCAUCUCUAGAUGUAGAAAGGAAAUGAGUUUAACAUAGACAUGCGUAUGUUCAUGAUGACAGGAGCCAUUUAAUCAGUCAAUAAGUCUUAUAUAAGUCAUUUUACGUAUUUGUUUUCUUACCAAGAGUUAGCGAGGUGACUAAAGACUGGAAACAAGGGGACAUGUCUGACUCUAUAUAUAAAUACAUGUAAAUGAUCACCAACACAGGAUAUUUCCUUUGUUUAAACUUUUCAAGAACAGAUGGAAGAUGGAUGGAUGGAUGUGAAAUCGUGGAUUAAUGGGAGCUGCUGACUCUAAUUAUUGAGAAUCUUGUCCAUUUAACCAGUGUAAACGCUGCACUGAAGCACUGGCCAGGUCAACAAAUUGAUGUUUGACAAGAAUUAGUUACAAUUUGAAACCAACGGCCUUUCCAAUCACACGUUUUGUUUUGAAAUGUCUGUUCUAAUACUACAAAUGAGAUUGAAUGAUCCCCUUGUUUCUCAUCUUUAUGGGACGCUAUGCAAACAGCUUCCUGGCUCCAGCUCAGUGGUUCCUAAUGUGAGGAUUGGGGGGGAAAAAAGGGUUAACAUUAACAAAUAAUCUAAUAUAUGGCAGUAGAUUGUGAAAUACUACAUAGUUUUACCUCAUCGCAUUAAAAUGAGAUGAAAACAGAAA